GGGAGGAUUGUAACCUUACACCUUUCCUCGAAGUGAAGGGUGGAAUGCGACCGGAUGAUAAGAAGGACGAGAUUUAUAAACGGAAUCAAUGAAUCAUCGUACACGGUGUUGUAGACGGUGCCGAAGACAUCCAAGGAGUAUCUGCUAAGCGAAUAAGCUGCUUCCGGCUCGAUAAGUUACCAGUGAAUCGAUGAGGAUACUCUGCAAUUGGUCGACCAAACGUUGAUACAUUUGCAUAGACUGCUGCAGUCUGUUUUCUACGACGAGCGAAACGUCAGCGGGCGCUGGAGUAUCGAGCAGGCCGACGACUGUAUCGGCCAUGCAGGAGGAGCUGCUUAUAGAAAAACAGAGCGCUAAUAAAGCAUCCCCCUUGUCGCCCGGCGGUGGUACCGAUUCCGCGGUGAAGGGCGGAGGCGGGGUGCCCCAGGAGGGCGGCAUAAAGUCGAAGGAUCAGCAGGAUCAGGACCGGGACGUCGUGUCGAUAUCCUCGAUGUCCUCCUUGGCAGGCAUGAGCUCGAUAACCUCGAUGACGGUGUCGGCGUCGGAUAAGGAGGGCGGUCCUCAGCCCUCGCCGUUCCCCGGGGACCCGGUCAGGGUGCCGAGCCUCUGGGCCGACGACGUCAGCCUCCACGCUCUUCCGGUCAACGGAUCCCUCGCGGCAUUUCAAAAUUUCCCAACGGGAGGACCGGCCGGUUUAUUCGCGAACACGGGGAGCGGUUCGGCAGGUAACGCCGGCUCCUCGAGGCGGGCCAUUACGGCCAGUCACAACUUCCCCCAGCAAGCUGGUGCCGCGGGUGCAGGUGGCAUAAGUGGUGCUAGUGCAGGUAGUGCUGGUGUUGGUGGUGCUGGUGGUGCAGGUUCGACUAGCGGCGUACCGGGUAACGUCGUUUCGAGACACGGUGUCUUGGCGGUUUCCUCACCGCCCCAACAACAACAACAACAACAACAACAACAACAACAGUCGCAGUCCCAGGUACAGAAUCAGCAGUCCCAAGCUCAGCAGCAGCAGCAGCAGCAGCAGCAACAACAACAACAACAAUCCCAACCCCAACCUCAGCAGCAAUCUCAGCCCCAACAGCAACAACAACAACAACAACAGCACCAACAACAAGCAGCGGUAUCGAAUCAUCCCGGUGUCUACGUUCAGGGGAAAGGCUACGCCGCGUGGUCCGGCGGCUCUCAGUCCACCGUUGGGCCUCAGCAAUGGGGUGGAGGAGGCGGCGGCGGGGGUGGUGGACCACAGGGGACCGGCAGUCCUGCCCUUCAGUCACCCUGGAGCCGCGGAAGGUCCGUUCCUAACCUUCCGCCGCUGCACUCCUCGCUCCACGUGGCUGCUGCCGCGGCCGCUGCCGCUGCGAGCCUUCAGGGCAGGAAACCGAGCCCUACCUUCUCGGGUCACCCGGGGCAUCCUGGACACCCGGGACAUCCGGGUCAUCCGGGGCAUCCUGGACAUCCCGGACACCCUGGGCACACCGGACCUACUGGUAUUAGUCCGGUCAAGUUCAGGAGGAGCACUUCUUAUCCGGGGAAGACGAGCUUGUAUCCACAACCAGCCGCGCCCACCUUCGAAGUUACUGGUGCUGAUGAAAGGGAUCUUCUUCAGAUGCCACCUUAUCAGCAGGACCGAAUGACGGCGAACGGGAAUUCUCCCCUGGACAGCAUGCGGACCCUGGAGCAUUACCUUAGCGACAUAAUGCGCGCAGGAGCAGCCGACACCCCCGAUCAUCUCAAGGGAUUUAUAAACUGCAACGCAAACACGCUACAGUCCCUCGCUCAACUUCAUGGCAAGUCGCCGUUUUUCCCAAGCCUCGAAGAACAGAGCGGCACUCUCCUCGAGGAUCCGACAGCUGCUGGUCAACUCGACGGCGGCGUCGGCGUCGGCGUCGGGGUGAACGUCGGUGUCGGGGGUGGAAUGACUGCCCCCCAGGUAGCUCCCCUCUCGUCACCGAGUCGCAGCAGCCCUCACAGCCAGGGAAGCGAAACCGGCGAACGAUUCUCGCGGAAGGUCUUCGUCGGCGGUCUGCCGCCGGACAUCGACGAAGAUGAAAUCACAGCCAGCUUCCGUCGUUUCGGACCACUUGUCGUUGACUGGCCACACAAGGCGGAAAGCAAGUCGUAUUUUCCUCCCAAGGGUUACGCCUUUCUGCUCUUCCAGGACGAAUCCUCCGUGCAGCAGCUGAUCGACGCGUGUAUCCAGGACGACGACAAGCUCUACCUUUGCGUAAGCUCGCCAACGAUCAAGGACAAGCCGGUUCAGAUACGGCCUUGGCGUUUGAGCGACGCCGACUUCGUCCUGGACGCCUCGAUGCCGCUCGACCCCAGGAAGACUGUCUUCGUCGGAGGCGUCCCGCGGCCCCUUAAGGCUGUCGAACUCGCGAUGAUCAUGGAUCGGCUUUAUGGGGGCGUCUGCUACGCCGGAAUCGACACCGACCCCGAGCUCAAGUACCCGAAGGGUGCCGGGAGGGUCGCCUUCAGCAAUCAACAGAGCUACAUCGCCGCAAUAUCCGCGCGAUUCGUCCAGCUGCAGCACGGCGAUAUCGACAAAAGGGUUGAAGUCAAGCCGUACGUUCUGGAUGAUCAGAUGUGCGACGAGUGUCAGGGUCAGCGAUGCGGAGGAAAAUUCGCCCCGUUCUUCUGCGCCAACGUAACGUGUCUCCAGUAUUACUGCGAGCAUUGUUGGGCAACGAUUCACUCCCGCCCUGGACGGGAGUUCCACAAGCCGUUGGUGAAGGAGGGUGCCGACAGACCACGAGCGGUACCGUUCCGCUGGUGUUAACCCCAACUACGUUAAGAAUAGUCGCCCCGCGGCUAAUAAUCUCGCGGCACUAGCUAAUUAAAACUACAAACACCAUAUACACCCACACAGACAUACACACAUACACCAUACAUUACCUUAUCAGAACCAAAAAAACGGGGGAAAGCCAACAACCGCAACCGCAAUCGCAAUCGCAAUCGCAAUUAUUAUUACUACGACCAUCAUGGUCAGGUUCGACAAUUACCGUACUACGCGCUAUAAACGUUGCGAGAACUGCAAACGCGGUUGUUACGAGAGUGAAAUAGAAGAGAGGAAAACCACGGAACGGAAGGAAAAGAAAAAAGGGAAGAAAAUUCGCACCGCUAUAUGGACAGCACAUGGACAGUCGACGAGAUCGUCGUCGUUCGUCGCAGAGAGGCUCGUCGAAUCGAAUUAUAGGAAGACGAAUUUAAACCGGAAAGAAGAAACAGUUGUCGAGACACGCCGAUAUUUUUCCGAACGUGUCUUCGUCCGAUUCUUUUUCGGUAAUUAAUUAUGCAUACCCUUACGAAUAUUUAAAAUGUAGAAAGAAAAUUCUACGGAGGUGAGUGAUAGAAAUUGACGGAGGAGAA